GCCCGACGCGCGUAAAGUGUCCAAGUCUCAGUCCUUGGACGAAAAGUACUCCCCCAAUCGCGCUCAGGAGCUCUUCGCGUCCUACACCGAUGAAGACGACCCUUCCGUCGUAGGCCCCGAAGGGUUCGAGCGCCUGUGCACAGAUGCUGGCAUUUCGCUUGAAGGCGCUCAACCCCUUAUAUUGGCCUGGCAGCUCAAGGCCAGCGAGAUGGGCAAGAUCAAGCAGGACGAGUGGACAGAGGGAACGAGUGCACUGCAAAUCUCUUCCUUGCCCGUUCUAGGCCAUGCGUUACGAGAUCUCGAGAAUCUUCUCGUGCGUGACGCAGAGCCAAUAAAGACGGCUUCGAAUGCCGCUCCGUCCAAGAAGCGCACGAGUGCAACUGCCGGUGCGGCACAGAAGGACCCAUACAAUCGUUCGCGCUAUUUUGGCUACGCUGAGGACAAGAACGCUGCCUUCUCCGAGCUGUACCAAUUCUGCUUCGUCUUGGCGAAGCCUCCACAAUCACGAAACAUAGAAAUGGAGACCGCAAUCGCCUUCUGGUCCGUCCUACUAGCGCCUAGCUUCAGUAUAGUCUCGGAAAUGAUAGAAUUCCUGAACGCCAAAUCCUCUUACAAAGCGGCCAACAAAGAUCUUUGGAGUAUGAUGCUCGAGUUCUGCCGCACCGUCGACCCUUCGCUAGACAACUAUGAAGCGGACGGGGCCUGGCCCACAGUGCUCGAUGACUUCGUGGCGUGGAAAAAGGCGGGAGGCUCACAGGCCCAGGCCUCAUGAUUCCCUAGAGAAUGUCGCCCGGCGCUCUCUUUCGUCCAUUAGAUGCACACGAUACGACACACAUACUGUAUAAUACAACCCUGCCGCAUAAUCAGAUUGUAGUCCAC